AUGAUGCCUGUACAAACGUUGCCUAAUUUUAUUUUUGGUAAUGUGGUUUGUUGGUCCCGGUUAUUUGUAAAAAUGGAACAAGUACGCCAUGGUCAAGAAUCAUGGGCUCAGUUUGAUGAUGAUAACGACAGUUGUUUUGUUAGGGAAACUCUUUCCGUCCCUAAUUCCGCUCCUUAUUGCUGUUUUCCAUCUUUCUCUUAUCAGUCUUCGGUGAUGAUAAAUUCACAUUUUCCUAGUUUAGGACUAACUACUAAUCAGAAUUUGGGAUUAACUUCUUCGCCUGUUUGUACUUCUGGUCAGUUAAAUGAUCUGUCCGGUUCAUUAUUACCAUCUUUUGCAUCAUAUCAUUUACCUAAACAACAAAUAAACUCGGAAAAAUUAGAAUCUGUACAUCAUGGGAAUUUAACUGGUUACUCACAAGCCAAUAUUUCUCUACAGUCUACAGAUAUACGAUUUCCUGGUAAUACAUGUACAACUAAAUGGUCUAGUUUAGACCAUCCAACUGUUGUUGAAGCGAAUCACUCUAAAACUAAUCCUUUGAAUCUUCCCUCUGCAGUUACAACAACUUUCAAUUCCGUAAACAGUACAAAAAAUAAUUGUCUUAUAUCAAGGCAAGCAAGCACAGAUCUAUGGACAGUCACACCAGAUCAAAAGGCUUACUAUUUAUCUCAAUUCCUUAGAUUACAACCUGAUAUACGUUCAAAACUAAAUGGAAUACAAUCAAAAGCAUUUUUUGAAUUAUCAAAGUUACCUUCAUUAGAAUUAUCAAGAAUUUGGGAAUUGUCAGAUCUUGAUCGUGAUGGACAUUUAACCUUGGGUGAAUUUUGUGUUGCAAUGCAUUUGGUUGUGUAUAAGUUGAACGGUGUACCAAUUCCUGAUACUCUACCAUCAGCUUUAUUUGAAUUAGUAGAAAGUAAUUGGUUAUCAGCGAAAAUAACACAACAACCACUUACACAGUCAUCACAGUCGACAAUUACAAAAGCAGCCACUAUUGAUAAUUGUGAUCACGAUAUGUUGACUGAUUGUACAAUGAGUUCGUGUAUACAAAGAAAUUAUGUCAAUCCAACUAUGUAUGAUAAUACAGAUAUGCGUAAUACUCACCAAGAAUCGGAUUGUCGACAACAGUUGCCGUUAUCUUCACCUCUUCUUCAUGCAUCUAAUCACAGUCAUCAGCAUCAAAUUAAAACAACUGGUACCUGUGUAUCACCUAUUGAUACAAUGAAUUCAACUCUAAAUUCUACUGAAUUCAAACAGCAACAGCAAAGACGUUGGUCAAUAUCAAGUCAAAGUGAUAUUUGUUCAUUAGCAGAGGGCAUGAUGUUGUUUGAAUCAAAACCAAAUAUGGAUGCACAACUAAAACAUCCUAUCCCGUUGAGAGUUCGAACCUUGCCUUCAAGUGUAAUCCCUGAAAUAAAUCCAAUGCAUAAUUCUCUAGUUUCUACUGAUAAUGGUCAUCAUCAUCAACAGCAGAAUAGCGAUCUGUCAAAAACAUAUAAUUUCCCGAAGAAAAAUGCAUUUUACACUACAGCAGAUCCAUUGGUUAUUAAUUCUAAUUUCCCAGGCAAACUAGAUAGUGAUAAUUGUGCUAAACCCUCACCUUCUGAAUUAGUCAAAAGUCAACAUUGUGAAUCAUUCUCACCUCAGCAUACUGCCAAUCAGUUGUCAUUAUCAACAUCAAAAUCUGCACCACCGCCGCCUCCUCGGGCUAAUUUGUUACUUGUAACUAAUAUUGAUUCUGUCGAUGUUGGUACACAGAAAUCCAGUUCAAUUAGGGAUGGAGAAGUUAGUAAAACUAUUUCGGUACUGACAACGACUACAUUGGAUCAGUGGGAAGCCAGGCUUACAGAUUCGCAUUCAUUUCUUGAGAGUAUUGAAGCGUUAAAAUGUCAAUGUGAUCAAGUUAGUCAAGUCAAUGAACAAUUAG